AACUUAUCAAGAAAAAAAAAGAAAAAGAAAAAAGGCAAACUGUUAAGCCAGGCAUUGCCAACACAAAUGCGACGAUGAUUCGAAGAUUAUUGCAACCAAGGGAACCGUAUUCGUGGUGGGAUAAGAAAUAAAAUUCCAGUAUUUCAACUAUACUUAACGGCAUCUUCUGCUUCAACCCAUCAACAUUUUUCUCAACUAUACAAUUUUCCCAUUUACUUUUCAAAAAUAGAAUAUCAAACCGAAGUCGGAAGGGUUUGUUUUCGCUUACGGUAAAUUCGAAGAGAAGCGAGUAACGGAGAGAUGUGUACUUAAAUAAAUCCCCUGUUUAAGAAACAUUUCAUUCCUUCUCUUCGCAAUUAAGGAAUCUAUCUACCUCAAGUAGAACGACCGAACACUUGGGGAAGAAAUUGAAGGGUCUGAUUUGCCGGCUUCAAUGGCUGUCGCCGAUGAGAAAUCAGGCCCCGAUGGGAAGGUUUGGACCCUUUGUAGUAUUCCCUUUUGGCAAAACAACAAUGCUCCGUCGUCUUCUUCUUCCUCUUCGUCGUCGUCUGUUAUUCAUAGAGUUCAUCUGCAAAUUAAUGGGCAUAAACCAGCAGAGCAUUCGAGUUCUCAGCCUGGAGUGGUUUCGGCAAUUGCAAAAUCUCUACGUCCUACUAAACGAAGGCUUCGUCUCGAUCCUUCCAACAAGCUCUACUUUCCAUUUGAGCCUGGGAAGCAGGUCAAGAGUGCUAUUGAGAUAAAGAAUACAAGCAAGACUCAUGUGGCUUUCAAAUUCCAAACGACCGCACCAAAGAGCUGUUACAUGCGUCCUCCUGGUGGUAUACUUGCUCCUGAUGAAAGUACUAUUGCAACCGUAUUCAAGUUUGUGGAGCCACUAGAUAACAAUGACAAGCAUGUAGAUCAUAAGAGAAGGGUUAAGUUCAAGAUUGUGAGCUUGAAAGUGAAGAGCGACAUGGAUUACGUGCCUGAACUGUUUGACGAGCAAAAAGAUCGUGUAGCAGUUGAGCAAAUACUGCAAGCUGUUUUUCUUGACCCGGACCAUUCUAAUCCUGCACUGGAGAAAGUCUGUCGACAACUAGCCGAGGCUGAGGCUGCAGCUGAGAUGCGCCACAAGCCUGCUGAAGAAACAGACCCGAAAAUUGUUGGUGGAGGACUGGUCCUCGAUGAAUGGAAAGAAAGGAGGGAAAGAUAUCUGGCUAAGCAACAGGUUGGAGGUGUAGAUUUGGUGUAAAAUUCAGUGGCUUGUGUUAGGGAAGUUGAAAUCACAUUGAUGUGUGAACUUUUCUAUUUGUCGAAGGAUUGCUCAUCGACAUUAGCAACAAAAGGCGAAUCGCUUAACAACUAGGUUUGUGAUGGAGUUUCAUGAUCUUGUGUUAGUAGUUUGAUUGGGUUGCUAUUUCUCAAACUCGAAGGUAUUUCAGUUGGUUUGAAACACUAUCACCAUUUGAUGUAAAUAGUGGCUGUGCUGUUGCUUCUUUUAAAUUAGUUUGAAACAAAAUUUGGCAA